AUGCAACAAUGCAGUGGGCAUGUCGACGAGGACGUCGCCAUUAUCAGUGGGGGAGAAUGUCACGGAUCGCACAUAAGUGAGUGCUAUCGUGAUUCCAAAGUCGACAGUGCAGUGGGGCACGUCGACGAGGACGUCGACACUAUCAGUGGGGGAGAAUGUCACGGGUCGCACAUAGACAAGUGCUACCGUGACUCCGUUGGGACAUCUAUGCGCUUAAGAGGUAGUCUAAGCGUGGAAGGGCGAGAGCUUAAGAGCUAG